UCAGAGAUAACCUAUCUUGUAUUUGUUUUUUUUAUAUGUAAAAUUUCAUGUGGAAAUGAUAUAUUUUAAUCAAUACAAAAAGAGUUACUCAGCAUAUAUUUGGAAAAUAUGGUUAUAGAAAACGAUAGAUUGAUAUCGCUCAUAAAAAGUGUUCGGCCAUUAUAUCACAAUAAAUUGAUGUUUUUCGGUUUUCUUAUCAAUUUCUGGGAAAAAUGAAUGACGAAGAAUUGACUAAACUUGCUGUAGCACAAUUGAUUGCAGAAGGUGAAAGGUUCAAGAGAAGACAUGAAUUACAAUAUCGUUUAGAUGAUACCACACCUUCUCGUUUGAAACCAAAUUUGAGAUAUUUCAAAAAUGCAAUUAAAAAUUGUGUGUCGUCAAACGAUAGGAAUGAAAAAAUUAGAAAGUCUAGAGCUGCUGAUGAAUUGAAAUAUUUGGAUUCUAAAGCCAAGAGAAUGAAAAGGGAAGAAAAAACAGAAGAGAACACUGACAAGAAAGAAAAGAACACUGAUGAAAAAGAAAAGAGAAAACGUUCCGUGGAGAAAAAAUCUAAGAACUCUUUUAAGGGGGACAGUUCAACCCGUACCCACAAAGAUACCAUGAAGAAUUCUUAAUAAAAUUACAUUCUGAAGGUUAUUGUAUGAUGUCAACGUUUUCUAUUAUUCCAUAAUCUGAAUUACAUUAAUUGAAGAAAAUUAAUAGGCACAAGUGAGAAUAUUAUUCAUCAUUUUGAUGAACGAUGUUCUGAAGUACCUAUUAGAUAAAUUGAUGGGAAUAAGUAAGCAUGAGAAGGAAUAUGCUUAGUGUGAAUUUUGAUUAUAUUAUUCUGAAUCAAAUUUGUAAAACAUAUACAAAUAAAUAUUAAUUACUAGCUGUGGAAAUUAGAUCAUUUCAAUUUAAUUUUGUAUACCUAUAUGUACAACUAAUAUGAAAUUAAAUUAUUUUCGAAUC